GGGCCCGGCCAGCCCCGAGGGCCCCGCUCCCAGCCCGCACCCCGCUUACACCGCCGAGCCGCCCCCUAUCGCAGCGGAGCCGCGGGGCCGGACCCUCCUUCCCCCUUCCCUCAGGCGCCGAGCCCCGCCUCGGGCGCGGCCACGUCAGUGGGCGUCGGGGCCGAGCCCCUCGCCCUCCCCCGGCACGCCUGAGCCCGCGGCAGCGCCUCUCCCGGCCGGCCCUCGCUCAACCGGCGUCGAGCAGCUGCACCAGCCGCCCCCUCCUCCUCACCUUCCUCCUCCUCUUCUCCUCCUCCUCCUCCAGAAGAUGGCGGCGCACAGACUCCUCCUGCCGCCGCUCGCCCGCCGCAUCCUCCUGCCCGCCGCGCGGACACGGGGCGCCGCCGAGAUUUCUGGAUGCUAUUUUUCUACCAGCUGUCAUCGCAACACCAAAUUUUAUACCGAUCCUGUUGAAGCUGUAAAAGACAUACCCAAUGGGGCAACUAUACUUGUUGGUGGUUUUGGAUUGUGUGGGAUUCCUGAAAACCUCAUUGGGGGUUUGUUGAAGACUGGAGUAAAGGGAAUUACAGCUGUCAGUAACAAUGCAGGUGUUGACAAUUUUGGACUUGGUCUUCUGCUUCAGACUAAGCAGAUAAAGCGCAUGGUAUCAUCAUACGUUGGAGAGAAUGCUGAAUUUGAACGCCAGUAUUUAUCUGGUGAGCUUGAAGUUGAGCUUACACCUCAGGGUACGCUCGCUGAACGUAUUAGAGCAGGAGGAGCAGGAAUCCCAGCGUUUUACACCAGUACUGGCUAUGGGACACUGGUGCAGGAAGGGGGCGCGCCUAUCAAAUACAAUACAGAUGGCACCAUUGCCAUUGCCAGUCAGCCGAGAGAGGUGCGAGAGUUUGAUGGUCGUCACUUUAUUCUCGAGAAGUCAAUUACAGGAGACUUUGCUCUUGUGAAGGCAUGGAAGGCUGAUCGUGCAGGAAACAUCAUUUUCAGGAAAACUGCAAGAAAUUUCAACCAGCCAAUGUGCAAAGCUGCCAAGACAACUGUGGUGGAGGUAGAAGAAAUUGUUGAUAUAGGAGCAUUUGCCCCAGAAGACAUUCACGUUCCCAAGAUCUAUGUUGAUCGCCUGAUACAGGGAGAGAAGUUUGAGAAGAGAAUCGAACGCUUAUCAAUCCGAAAACCUGAAGACUCAAAAGCCAAACAAAAACAAGGAGACAAUGUGAGGGAGAGGAUCAUCAGACGGGCUGCUUUAGAAUUUGAGGAUGGCAUGUAUGCUAAUCUGGGUAUUGGAAUCCCACUGUUGGCCAGUAACUUCAUCAGUCCAGACAUAACUGUUCACUUACAGAGUGAAAACGGAGUCCUGGGUUUGGGUCCUUAUCCACUUGAAAGUGAAGUAGAUCCAGACCUGAUUAAUGCAGGUAAGGAGACAGUCACUGUUCUUCCUGGUUCUUCUUAUUUCUCUAGCGAUGAAUCAUUUGCAAUGAUAAGAGGAGGCCAUGUUGAUUUGACAAUGCUUGGAGCUAUGCAGGUGUCUAAGUACGGUGACCUGGCCAACUGGAUGAUUCCUGGGAAGAUGGUGAAAGGAAUGGGGGGUGCCAUGGACCUGGUAUCCAGUGCCCAGACCAAAGUUGUUGUCACCAUGGAGCACUCAGCCAAGGGCAAUGUCCAUAAAAUCUUGGAAAAAUGCAAUUUACCACUUACUGGGAAACAAUGUGUAAACCGCAUCAUUACAGAGAAGGCUGUGUUUGAUGUGGACAAAAAGAAGGGGCUCACCCUUGUGGAAAUCUGGGAAGGACUGUCAGUGGAUGACAUCAAGAAAAGCACUGGCUGUGACUUUGCAGUUUCUCCAAAACUGAUACCUAUGAGGCAGAUUUAAACCUGCAGCACAGUCUGGGCUUCACUUGCCAGAAGGCUUGUUUCCAUAUGGGAAGAAAAAUCGAUGACUGUUUUGCAAUUUAUUUUUUUUUUCUUUUAAGGGCUUUGUAAGUAGUUUCCAGAUAGUUAAACUCAGGCCGUGACUAUCAGCAUCAAUGGAAUUUUACUUUCAUAGCAUUACCAAUUUUAAUAGAAGGGUGAAUUUAUUCCCUAAAUUUCAAAUAAUGUUAUACUAAAAUGUUAGUGAACAUUGUCAAAAAAAAAAAAAGCCAUGUAGUUUCUCUGCCAAAUAAUACGUUUUUUACACAGAUUCAGGAAAUGACCGUGCAAACUUACAAUUGCCUCUGCUUUUGCUGAUGUUGCUCAGUUACAAAUCACUCUGUUGCUCUGUAACUACAGCAUUUACUAUGUUCCUUUUCUUGUGUCUUUCUUCUGGAGUGGUGUAUAGCAAAUGCAUGCAGCGUUAGAGAGCCAUCAGGAAUAUGGACUUCCCUUUUCCUGAACCUUCUAAUGAGUCUGUGACAAAACUGUUUGCAUCAGUUGGGCCCUUAGCCCUUAAUGUAUCUGCUGCUUAGAGUGUCUGGUGGCGUUAAGAUGCCGUGCACCGCCCACAGUCCAACUCUCACCCCUUCCAUUUAAAUUGUACAAGCUAGAAUGGGGCUAGUUUGCAGGAGGAAGAUAAAAGCAUGUUUCCAUUCCCCUGCAAACAACUGAUAGUGGUACAGUUGUCCCACAUGAACUGCUCUUACUCUUUGGAUAUAAUCUUUUCUCCUCCCUACCUCCAUUCAAAGGCAAAUGAAGGAUGUUUUUGGAGUGAAGUCUGCCCUUCCAGUGUUACAUAUCGGAGGAGAAUGCUGUGGGCAUUUGGGAGAUUGCUUCUGAAGGGAAUAUGAAGCAGUAAGUUUUGUAUCACUUAAGAAUCAAGGCAUCAGCAAAAAUUAGAGUUUGGAACUCAAACUUAGGAUAACUAGAAUGCAUGCCAUGAGACAAUCAAUAUGAAAAGUCAUCCUCUCAUACUGGUUCUGCUGUUUGGUAAAGAUCUUACUUUCCCUGUUCUAAUUACAAACCAACUGUUUUUGAAAACAAGCGACACAGUUAUGACAGCAUUGGAUCUCACAUCCGAGAUCAGCACAACGGAUCUUCAUUGUACAGAGCAUUAAUUGAUUAGAAAUACUGGCAGUCUGCAUCUGUUGAAAUACAGUGUUCUUUUACAGUGUUCUUUCCAGGUAGGAUAGUUUCCAUCAUUCAUCUAAAUAGGAAUGCUUAAAACACUUUAGUGAAAAUAAUUCCUGACAUAUAUUUGAUGUUUGAUGUUUGAUAGAAGGAAAUUAAUUAAAUGACUGAAAAAUAUGUAAAAUGUAUAUGCACAAAGAAUUAUAUAGAUAUGCCUAUCAUACAUGCAAUAAGCAGUGUUGGGAUAUGUGUAGAAGGGAAUUUUGAUACUAGAUGGAUGAGGUAUUCAGUGCGUGUGUGGAAGGAAUGUAACACAUUUCUAGGGAACCAGAUAUGAAACUCCUGCAAUAUUAGCUCCAGUACUAGCCUUUGUACUGUACUAGUAACCUUGUAUAAGAAAUAGUAAUUUUUCAUGGGGCAGUUAUAAAAUUGUCUUAUCCCACACAUGGGUUUUACAGCAGUAAAACUUGAUUAGAGAAAUUAUUUUUGUUGAGUUAUAAUUACUCUAAGCAGUUCCUUGUUAGUCUCCUGUCAAUACCAGAAUAUAUUGUUGUUCUUCUCACAAAGGAAUAAACAAAAUACCUUUGUAAGCACCUUUACAUUAGUACAAAAGUAGUCCCAAAGUAACUAAGCUCUAUGACUUGAGCUAAUGGGUGCUAAUGGCCAAAGUAUAGCCUAAAAUUUUAGGCAAGACCUUAAUGCUAAGCACAUGAGAAAGAAAUGUCUUUUACAGACUAGUGUUAAUUUCAUUACUGAACAUAUACAAGUGAUUUCCUUGAUAGUUAAUUCAUGUGCAAGACCUGAAACUACAUUGGUCAAAGUGCUCCAGAAAUAUGAUUAGCAACAUUUUUACCUAGCUUUAUUUUUCAUAUUUUCUCUAUUAAUACUCCCUGUGCGUAUUCCCUCAUUCCAAACAAGUUAUUUUCUUGGUGUUUGGCCAUUUCUACUGCUGUGGAAUGAUCUAAGUGGUUCUACCCAGAGAGAUUUUGCAGAUUAAAAGUCUCUAUAUAAGAAGGUGACUUUCAGCUCUGUGAAACAAUUUUGGUUUCAGACAGAGCAGCCAAGAGAUGUCUGCCAUGCUCCACAAAAGCACUUCAGUGACAGUUCUGACCCUUGCGGUGCAGCACACAGCAAAACGUGCCUAGCUUUGCCUUCAGGGCCAACGAUGGGUGAAGAGCUACUUUGAGGGGUCCCUGAAAGUUUCUUGUCAAUCAUCACUUAAAGCUCUCAUAGAGAUCAACCAGAAUGGAUGAUGUUUUUAGAGGAGAAUAUAAAAACUGUUGUACAGGGGAGGAGAUUUAAUAACUUAUCCAGAAAUAAAAUUAUUUUAAAUAGCCGGGGAAGUCUUACAGAAAUCUAGAAAUGAAGUGUUGAUCUAUUGCAAUUAUCUAUGUUAUAUUAGUCAUAAUACUGAUUAGUUAAUUACAGCAUACUUUAUUGGCAUAUAUAGGGCAUGGGAGAAGUGUCUGAGGGCAGCAUCAAGUAUAUGCUGCUUCUUCCACUGAACUAUGCUUUGCUGGCAUACGCACAGAAGCCAUAAUUAUCCUUAAUAUAUGGCUUAUAAAAAGACUGAUGACCUGAUAAUGUCUGGGAGUUCAGGACCUUGAUUUCUGACACAAAAAUUAGGAGCCAUGAACUCCCACGUUUUAGCUUUUCCAGUUCUCUACGUAUUGCCUUGAAAAUUGUCAUCUGUGCUCUCUGUCUUGUUUCCUAGAAAAGGGGAUGUUUUUCUUCCUACCUCACAGGGGUGUUGUGGGGAAUGACCAGCUAUGAUGCUAUGAUCUGUGCAACAGGUUAUGCUUUCUCUUCAGCUUGGAAGAGUGCUUUGAAGAAUGUCAUACAUGCUGGAUAUUUCAAUUUUGUGUCUACUCUUAUAUACACCAAUGUAAUGCAAGAGGGCAAAAGUCAAUAUGGUGCUGAAGACCGGGGAAACAGGCGCCAUCAGUGUUUUUCAGUGGUGCAAAAAUCUGUAUGUCACACUUAAAUUUUUUAUCUUGAAGACAUUAUGUUGUGGUAGAAUACUGGUAUUAUGAAAAUGUCAUGUGUCUGCACAAGCUAAUUACAAGAAGCUCUGAUUCUGCUGUUUAAAUUGGGAUUUGUAAAGUAGGAUUAGAAAUUAAAACAAACACUCCAAAGUAUUGCCUUCUCAGUGGACACAAGUAUGGUUUGUAGGUAAGGUACAUUCUGAGCAGUAGUUGUGAUGAUCGGUAUUAUGCGGAUGAGAGAUUCUCAUCCCUCUUUCUCUUUCACGGCUGUAAGAAAGCUGGUAUGUGUGAAGGUUUAUGGUUUAUUGGGACAUCACUGAUAUUAUGCCUGCUUCACAGCACUUCACAAGACAAAGACAGCUGAUGCUCUUUGCCCUGAAGAUGAUGAUGAUUCUACUCCUAUCAUGUUGGACUUAAUUCAUUUUGUAUUUUAUUGACUUACGUCCCUGAAAAAGCAAAAAAUGAAUGAUGAUAUAAAAUGUAGUUGUACUGUAAGCUCUGUGAACUAUACAUCAAAGUCCUACUAUGUAUUUGCAAAACAAUCAAUAAAGAAAAGAUUAAAAAUCUCA